CGAUGAGCAGACUCCCAUCUGUCAGCUGAUGGGAGCCAAUCCGUGGCCCCUGACCGUCACUAGGUGGGUCUGUGUUUAAAACACAACGCAAUGCCCUGAUGCCAACGCAUUCUCUAACCACUUGAGCCUCGAGAUCAAUUCUCUGUCAUUGGUGACAGUGCGCGAUGACAAUGCACCGCUAGGGGACCACAGUUUACGCACUGGCACCUUCAGUGGGACACCGACUGUGAAGAGCUUCUGUCCACUGGUAACGCGAUGGAGAACUCAAGCGUGGUGGUCACGGUUGUUCCAACUGCUGGCCAAACAGAAUUCCUCAACUUCACCAUAAAUGACACCCUCUCCCGACUCUCAGAAAGCUUCUCGGAGGAACUCGCCAUGGCAGGAUUACGCGUAACGAACAACCCGGUAUCUCUGAAAGCCAGCACUCUCAGUACUGCCUUUUCUGCUGGGCUUCGGGCUAAGCUGCCGCCGACGGAACCCGCUCACCUGGUGGUUGCCUUUUGGGAUUCCCCGCUAAGUCACGGAAUCAAUGUGUUUGUGGGGAUUGUCCUGUGCUUCACCAUGCUGGGGCUAGGGUGUACGGUAGACGUUAGCCAGCUUGGGGAGCAUAUCCGCAGACCCAUCGGGGUGCUGCUGGCGCUGGUGUGUCAGUUCGUCAUCAUGCCCCUUGUCGCCUUCCUGCUAGCUUUGGCAUUCUCGCUCGACGACGUGGCGGCUAUGGCCGUGCUACUGUGUGGCUGCUGUCCAGGAGGAAACCUAUCCAACAUCAUGUCCUUAUUAGUGAACGGGGAGAUGAAUCUGAGCAUUAUCAUGACCAUCUCCUCCACGGUCCUUGCACUGGUGCUGAUGCCGCUGUGUCUGUGGAUAUACAGCCGCGCCUGGAUCAACACCCCCGUGGUCAACCUGAUGCCGUUCGGCGCGAUCAUCCUCACCCUCUGUAGCACCCUCAUACCCAUCGGCCUGGGGGUCGUGCUCCGAUACCGCUACAACCGGGCGGCCGACAUCGUUUUAAAGGUGUCACUGUGGUCUCUGCUGGUGACCCUGGUGAUGCUGUUCAUCAUGACGGGGGUCAUGUUGGGGCCAGAGCUGCUGGCUACCAUUCCUCCAUCUGUCUACGUGGUAGCUGUCCUGAUGCCUGCCUGUGGCUAUGCUGCAGGCUACGGCCUGGCCACCAUCUUCGAUCUCCCACCCAACAUCCGCAGGACCGUGUCACUAGAGACCGGGUGCCAGAACGUGCAGCUCUGCACAGCCAUCCUGAAGAUGGCCUUCCCACCACAGCUGAUGGGGGGCAUGUAUAUGUUCCCUCUGCUCUACGCCCUCUUCCAGGCAGCCGAGGCUGGCAUCUUCAUCCUGGCCUACCGGAUGUACAGGAAAGAGGUUUUACACAAACCAGACACAAACCCACUGGGGGACAAUGGGGAUAUUGGAUAUAAUAGGUUUGAAGAUGAAGAUAUGGGCUUUGACACUUCUUACGGGGCGGUGACCACAAGUGACCCAAAUCUCAUCAUGUUAGAGCCUUGUCCGGAUGCUACUCCUGUUUAGUGUGCAUGAUACAAUGAUGGCCCACCGUAGGUGAUGUCGUGCAUACAUAAUGACAUUCAGGUCUGCUUAUGGCAUCUCUACAAAAAAAUCCUUGUCAUGUCAGCAAUCUUUGACUGCAGGGAAGCUACCCUGUGUGUGUACGUCUCAGAAAAGAACACUCAAGAUUAUGGAGGGAGUGAAAGUUACAAAAUAUAAUUGAAGCAAGCAUAAGCCAUAUGACCAUGAAAAAAUAUGAAAAGGUUAAUUGAAGUAAAAAAUGCUAGUAUAUCUGAGCUUACUUCAACAUAUUGUUUAUGAAAGAAAAUGGCUGUGAAAAUGGAUAUCAUCAAAAAUAAUCUCUAUAUUCAUCCCCUCUCACAUCACAGAUGCAGUACAACAUUGUUUCACAAAGGUGUCAUCAUCUCACUUGAUUGUAAAGUCUAACAUGAUCAUCUGAUCUACAUGACCAAACAUUGUCAAUUAUUAUUUUGCAUUCAAAGCAAGUGUUCAAAUCCAAUUGUUUUUGGUUAUUUUGGUGCCUAUGGUUUCAGUUCAAGAAGAGACAAAUGCAGUACAAUCCUUCAACAGAGCCUAAUAUAACUACUCCAUAUCACCAUAUGUACGAUGACAAACUGUCUGUAAAAUGUACCACUGUGUAUAUGUUUAUCAAUGUAUAUUAAAAUAGAUAGGAACAAAA